UGUCCCUUCGCUGUCCGUCCCAAUCUCUUCCAUGCCCUCGCACAAGUCUGCGCAGCCAGGCCUGGCAGUUACCUUUGGGUCGAUAGUAUCUGCAUCGACCAGUCCAAUCCCCAUGAGCGCUCUGCGCAGGUUGGGAUCAUGGACCACGUCUACACCGGGGCCUCCGAGACGCUCAUCUGGCUUGGCCCAGCCUCGGAGCGGUCCGCCCGCGCUGUCGAGCUGCUCAAGAUGACAGCCGUGGGUGCCGUGGCCAAGAUCCUGAAGUGGGCGUCCACGCAGACAUUUGGGGAUGUGUUUGUCGCGGACGAUGCUGAGUUGCUAGUCAGAAAUGGCUUGCCGCCUUUGACAGCUGAGGACUGGGCUGAUGUGGGAGACGUCUACACGCGGUCGUGGUUCGGAAGAGUUUGGAUGCUUCAAGAGGUGGCCUUAUCCCGGAACCCAACUGUCCUCAUUGGCCAUCACGAACUUCCUUGGGAUGCUAUCGGGCACACGUCCCUUGUCGUCGCAUUUUCCAACGCCCUCGUCGGCCUCUUCGCCAUCGGCUCGGGCGUCCAGAAUAUCCCACUUGUCCUAGGCCUAGUCCAAGCCGUCGGUCUUCAGAUCGUUCGUGAAUGGAGCAAGAGAUCUCACGGUCUACUCCAAGAAGCUCUCUCAAGCACACACUUCACCUCCGGCAUCGCAACUAACCAUUCCAGCUCGCUUCUCCUCCGCCUCCUUAUCAUCAGCAAUGGGUUUCAAGCGACGUUUCGAAGAGAUCGUGUGUACGCCCUCCUCGCCAUCGCGAACCGUCUAGCGCAGAUUCAGGGAGGUAAACGCCUCAGCUUGACGAUUGACUACCAGUCGUCUGAUGAUGACGUCCUCACCGCCUUUGGGUUGGACCUCUUUCGGCAAACCAAGUCUCUUCAUCUGCUCUCUCUUGCCGGUCUAGCAGGUCGCGAAGUCGAGUCCAAAAUGGCGACCUGGAUCCCCUCGUUCGAGAACGUCCACGCCCCAAUCAUCGGUGUCAACUAUACCAAGCUUCGUCCCUUCAACGCAUGUAACGCACAGCCCAAUGAUAUCGCCAACUUCACCAUCGAUGACGAAAAAUGCAGGCUACACGUUGAGGUAAUCAGCCCGCACCUAGGCGCCAUCGAGGAACUCGGCGAGAUGUGGCCAGAGAUGCUCCGUGGCGAGUUCUCUUCCUGUAUCAAGAUCCUUCUCCAUUGUGGUCAAGUCUACACCUUCACGCAGCAGCCUAUCGUCGAGGCCUUCUGGCGUACCCUCAUCAUGGACUCUGACAUGGUCCAACGACCUGCACCUCCUCACCUCGCCCAAUCAUUCGCCUCCUGGAUGAUACUCAUUACCAUUGCAGCCCUAUGUGCCAAGAUACCCUCAAACCCCUUUGUCUUUGACCUUUUCGACAGCCUUGAGCCAUUGUGGGUGCUUGCCAACUCUCGCGACACCACCAACCUUCUCCCCAAGACAAACAGCAUGGUCCCACUGCUUUUCCAGUUCGGCUUGCGCAACGAUUCAACCACCCCUCGGAUCUCCGAAUCAGAUCGCCUAGCCAUGAUGGGUGAGUGGGGAAAGGCUGCUGCUCCGUACGAGGCCAUUCUGCGAUUAACGCUUUUACCGAACCGACGUCUCGCAAGGACUGUACGUGGGUAUCUUUGUCUUGUCCCGUCCAAAGCUCAAGUUGGCGACAAAGUCAUGAUUGUUUCGGGAUGUCCAACUCCUUUGGUGUUGAGGAGAGUAGACACUGAAGAAGACUGCUUUAAACUGGUGGGAGAUGCAUAUGUACACGGAGCUAUGUUCGGAGAGCACAUAACAGAUGAUUAUGCAUGGAGAGACAUUUCAUUAGCAUGAGAGCAUCCGAGCUCAAAGUAGGGAAGCAUGCUAGGUUACGAAUGGCCCACGUCGGGUCAGCUUCACUUUGAAACAACAGCUCCAGUGAGACAGUGGCCGGUACGUCGAGUGAUAGCGAAUCAACAUGAAUUGAAGUUAGAAAAGUACA